GCAUCAGAAAGUACCAUCGUUUUUGGUGUCUGCACUCAGGGCAGAUGCUGCAGCCAUAAAUGCCAGGGAGCCAGGCUCUGGGCCCAAGAACACCUCUAAACGAGACCGACCUCCCAUCUUCUUCUGCAGGAGUCAGGAUGGAAAAGCAGAUGUGAAGUCCCUCAUGGCGAAGUUUAACACAGGGAGUAACCUGACAGAUGAGGUCUCGGGCAAUAACCGGCCCUUCAAAGUCACAGCACAAAACCCACCUUCAGGAAUACAAGCAAGAAAGAACUUAUUCGACCACCAAGGAAAUGUCAACCCUCCAGCAGGACCCAGCAACAUGCCCAAAUUUGGGACUCCAAAGCCACCUUUGGCGGUGAAACCUACUUUUGAGGAAAAGCCAAACAAGGAACCCAACCCCACUUUUGUAAAGCCCAGUGGAGUGAACCAAAGAUUUGGAACACUGGCAAACUCGGCCACCAGAGAGCCUGACAUAAAAAUGGGAUUUCCAAAACCUGGAGGCCUCAAGCCCAUCAGCUUGCCCAAAGAAGAUUCUAAACCUGUGUUUCCCCGGCAUCUUGGCAAUAAGCCAUCACUUCACAGUGAAAACCAAGACCAAGACAUGAAGAUACCAGGCCCAAAGCCAGGGCCUACCCCUCCAGGCGCAGAAAGUGAGCAGAGACUAACAUUCCCCAGGCUGGCUGGGGCUAAAGGCAAGUUUACACCAACCUCACAAGAUCACGAUGCCAAACCCCUCUUCCCCAAACACGCCAUCGGCCAGAAGUCAGCCCUGGGUACCGAGAACUCCCACGAAGACGAGAGCCUCACUAAGAAUAUGUCCACCCAGAAAGGAUCCCUGACACCCCCUGGAGCCAAGUCCAAGGGAGGCUCUUUAAAACCAAGGGAAGACCCAGAAAAUAAAGGCUAUGGAGGUGACACAUCAACUUCUCCAUUUGCUGGAGUGAUUCUGAAACCUGCUGGAAGCCGAGGAAGCCCGGGCCUCUCCAAAAAUAGUGAAGAAAAUAAAGAAUAUAGGAAGAUAGAUGCCACUAAGAAUAUCUUCCUCAGUAAAGUGAAUCAGGAAGAGUUAGCCUUGGGGGCUGCUCCCAAGUUCCCUAAGGCUCCUUCCAAGCUGAUGGUGGGGGGGCUCUGGGGCCAAAGUCAAGAGAAAGAAAAGGAAGACAAAAAUUCAGCAAUCCCAAAGCAGAAACCAUUGCCUCCUUUGUCUACCUUGGGUCCACCUCCACCCAAACCCAGCAGACCACCCAAUGUUGACCUCACAAAAUUCCGAAAAGCUGAUUCUGCAAACAGUACCAGCAAAAGCCAGACAUCUUACUCCACAACUGCCCUACCACCAACUCCACCAUCCCAGCCAGCCAGCCAUCCUCCGUUGCCAGCAUCUCAUCCAUCACAACCUCCAGCCCCAAGCCUACCUCCCAGAAACAUUAAACCUGCCUUUGACCCAAAAAGCCCUGUAAAUGAAGAAAGUCAAGAUGGUGUCAUGUACUUUGAUGGUGCUGGAAAUCUAGAGGAGGAUCAAGACAGUGAAGGAGAAACCUACGAAGACAUAGAGGCAUCCAAAGAGCGAGACAAGAAACGGGAAAAGGAGGAAAAGAAGAGAUUAGAGCUGGAAAGAAAGGAACAGAAAGAGAAAGAGAAGAAAGAACAAGAAUUAAGGAAAAAAUUUAAACUAACUGGCCCUAUUCAAGUCAUCCAUCAGGCAAAAGCCUGUUGUGAUGUCAAAGGAGGAAAGAAUGAACUGAGCUUCAAGCAAGGAGAGGAAAUUGAAAUAAUCCGUAUCACUGACAACCCUGAAGGAAAAUGGCUGGGCAGAACAGCAAGGGGGUCAUAUGGUUAUAUUAAAACAACUGCAGUAGAGAUUGAUUAUGAUUCUCUGAAAAGGAAAAAGUCCUCUUUCACCACGCCUUUCUCAAGACCCCUUGAAGAUGACCAAGAAGUAUAUGACGAUGUUGCUGAGCAGGAUGCUGGUCACAGCCAAAGUCAGAGUGAAAGUGGAGGCGUGUUCCCAACACCCGAUGAUGACAUUUAUGAUGGGAUAGAAGAGGAAGACACUAGUGAUGGUUCCACACUACAGGUUGAAGAGAAGAGUAGCACGUGGUCCUGGGGAAUUUUGAAGAAGUUAAAGGGAAAAGAUGACAAAAAGAAAAGUAUACGAGAGAAACGUAAAGUCUCUGAGUCAGACAAUAAUGAAGGUUCAUCUUUCCCUUCUCCUCCUAAACAAUUGGAAGUGGGAGACGAAGUGUACGACGAUGUGGAUGCCUCGGAUUUCCCUGCUCCGCCAGCAGAGAUGAGCUACGGAAUCAGUGCUGGAAAAGCCAAGACGGAAGAAAAAGAUCCUAAGAAACUAAAAAAGCAAGGAAAAGAAGAAAAAGACCUCAGAAAAAAAUUUAAAUACGAUGGUGAAAUUAGAGUUCUGUAUUCAACCAAAGUUUCAUCUUCCUUAACUUCUAAAAAGUGGGGGGCUAGAGAUCUACAGAUAAGGCCUGGUGAAUCUCUUGAAGUUAUACAAAGCACAGAUGACACAAAAGUUCUCUGCAGGAAUGAAGAAGGAAAAUAUGGUUAUGUCCUUCGGAGUCAUUUGGUGGACAAUGAUGGAGAGAUCUACGAUGAUAUUGCUGAUGGUUGCAUCUAUGACAAUGACUAGGACUGUGCUUGUUUACUCUGUUUUACUUCAUCUCCAUUGUCAUUCAUGAAGUCUAGCUUCUAUGUAGCAUAUGUAACUGGAUAUCAUAGACAAUGAAUGCACAGGAAUUCUUAUGUCCACUGGUCAUGAAAUUCUGAUUAUUUUUAUAAAAUUGUGAAAUUUUAAAUUUAGAAAAUAAUAUUUCUACUUAAUAUCCUAAAGGACUGCAUUGGGAGUAAAAAUUAUUAAAUUUCUGCUUUGGCUAUAACUAUAAAGGCAUCUUUAAGACUAUAAAUAGAUAAUUUCCUCUGCCCACCUCCCUUAACAAAAAAGAAAGGAAAAAAAAGACAUUCUGAAGAAAUGACUAUUCUGUCUAAAAAUAUAUAUAAGCAAGAAGAACAAAGAAUACAAUGAAAGAAAUUGUAAAGCAUUCUGCAAGAAGGACAACCAUUGUUCAUUUACUUAUGAUGGUAUCCUACAUUGUAUACUCAAAUCAUCUCUCAUUUUAAAAGACAGAGCUGCUUCCUCUUUUGCUGGUGUUUUUUCAAACAACAUUGUAAAAACAGAACUUUUGUAUAGUUUGUUCCUAUUUGUUAAUUGUGAAUAUGCCUUGAUUAUUUGAUAAGAGCAUUACACAUGCAAGUAUGCACAUCAAAGAUUAAACUGU